AACUCGCACGACACCAGUCUUACAUGACAUUUGUUGUAUUACGAUUACGAGGUAGAGCAGAUGGCGUGCAUUCAUAUUGGGCGGUUCUGUUCCUGAACUAGGGAGAUUUUCGUUUUACAUCUCAGAAGUUUAGUGCAAAAGCACAGCAGGUACUGAUUUAUUUACUAUACACUUUUUCCUUUGGUAUCGGCCAUGGUGAAGAUUGAGUUCGCUCCGAUAAACAUUCCUCUCAACAGACGCCUUCAAACAGCUGCUGUGCUACAGUGGGUCUUCUCCUUUCUUUUUCUGGCACAAUGCUGUAUGGGGGUGUAUGUUCUGGCUAUCCUGAGUGGAUACUGGCACCUUGCUGCUCUCUAUGGACUGUGGCUGUAUCUGGACUGGGAUACACCCCAGACUGGAGGUAGGAGGUGUGCCUGGGUCAGGAAAUGGGCAAUCUGGAGGCAUUUCCGAGAUUACUUCCCCAUUCAUCUCAUUAAGACCUGUGAUCUGGAUCCCAAGAACUGCUACCUGUUUGGGUUUCACCCCCACGGAGUUCUUGUUGCUGGGGCCUUUGGGAAUUUCUGCACUGAAUACACAGGAUUCCAGGAGCUGUUCCCUGGUCUGACCCCGUAUCUUCAUGUGCUUCCCUUUUGGUUCCGAUUUCCUUUUUUUAGAGAGUACGCCAUGAGUGCAGGUCUAGUUUCUUGUUCCAAGAAGAGCGUGACCCAUGUUCUGAGCCAGGGUGCAGGGAUCGUCUCUGUCAUUGUGAUUGGCGGAGCCGAGGAGUCUUUAGAUGCUCGGCCAGGAAGUCUGACUUUACAAACCCUCCACCGGAAAGGGUUUAUCAAGCUCGCUCUCAAACACGGGGCGCACCUGGUUCCAGUGUUUUCCUUUGGUGAGAAUGAACUUUUUAACCAGCUGGAGAAUCCAGAGGGUUCUGUCAUUCGCAAUAUCCAGAACAGGCUUCGGAAAAUAAUGGGAUUUGCCUUGCCUUUGUUCCAUGCUCGAGGGGUAUUCCAGUACAGCUUCGGGGUCAUGCCUUUCAGAAAGCCCAUCUACACCAUUGUUGGGAAACCCAUCGUCGUGGAACAGAAUGCAAGUCCAACCACUGAAGAGGUGGAUAAGCUUCACCAGAGGUACCUGGAUGAGCUGAAUGGGCUGUUUGAGGAGCACAAGGCCCAGUAUGGAAUACCAGAACAAGGCCAUCUUGUCUUUAAAUGAGAGCUCAUUUGCAAAGCUGAUAAAGUGCAGGCUACUGAUUGAUUUUUUUUAGGGGUUGUUGAACCCCCAUUUACUUAAUAGAUCCGUCUCAUGUACCCUCAUAAAAGUUUCCCAUAGAAAAACCUGCACAAUUUUAGGCAGGAACAUAGACUUAACGAAUUAUAUAUCCAAAGUUUCAAUGAGUCGUGCAACAGCCCUGGGAUUUUAUACAUUGGAAUAGAGAAAUCAGUACGCAGCAGAUACAGAAAACCUGUAUACUGUAGAUCUAUGCAUAUGUUUGCACUGUUAUUAUUUAAUUAUCAAUAGUAAUUAACUCUGUAUUUCAAUUCACAAGUGCAUGCUUUUUUUGUUUUGUUUUUUAAUUGUCCAGCUAUUUCACUGGGUCAGAAAAGCUUUAAAAAAAUAAAAGAGUUUGUUUACAGUUUCAGCUAACUUUA